ACAAUGGUGUCAUUUCUGCACAUACUUCUAGCUCUUCCUGUGUUGGUAUUGAUCCUCUUGAAGAAAUACGGAGGCAUUAAGAACCCAUCAAAUCGUCGUCCACCAGGUCCAAGAGGCCUUCCCAUUAUUGGCAAUCUUCAUCAACUUGACAAUUCAAAUCUCAACUUCCAGCUAUGGAAACUCUCAAAGAUCUAUGGCCCCCUUUUCUCCCUCCAAAUUGGCUUUAAGCCAGCCAUUGUUGUUUCCACCCCCAAACUGGCAGAGGAGCUUCUCAAAGACCAUGAUCUUGACCUGUGCAGCAGACCCCCCUCACAUGGCUCACUAAAAUUGUCUUACAGUGGGUUAGACAUGAUAUUUUCCCCAUACAAUGAUUACUGGAGAGAAAUCAGAAAAAUUUGUGUGGUCCAUUUCUUCAGCUCCAAACGGAUAUCUAGCUUUUCCCAUGUAAGGAAAUCUGAGGUGAUGCUAAUGAUAGAAAAGAUUUCAGGGCACGCUUGUUCUUCGAAAAUUACAAACCUGAGUGAGAUCAUAAUGUCGGUCUCAAGCGCAGUUGUAUGUAGGAUUGCUUUUGGGAGGAAAUAUGAUGAGGAAGGAGCUGAGAGGAGCAGGUUCCAGGAACUGCUUAAUGAGUCACAGGCCAUGUUCCUUUCCUUCUUCGUUUCAGAUUACAUUCCUUUCUUAGGGUGGAUUGAUAAACUCACAGGAUUACUUGCUCGCCUUGAAAACACUUUCAAGGGAUUGGAUGCGUUUUUUCAAGAAGUCGUUGACGACCAUCUCAGUCCUAGUUGCCUCAAAACAGAAAAGAAAGAGGGGGAGGAUAUAGUUGAUGUGUUGCUUCAACUUAAGAAGCAGGAUCGCCUUUCAAUAGAUCUCACAAAUGAUCACAUCAAAGCUGUCAUAUUGGACAUACUUGUAGCAGCAACUGAUACAAGUGCAGCUACAUCAGUUUGGGUGAUGACUGGAUUGAUAAAGAACCCAAGAGUAAUGACAAAAGCUCAAGAAGAAAUUAGAAAUCUGUGUGGCAACCAAAAGUUCAUAGAGGAAGAGGAUAUUCAAAAGCUUGUAUAUCUGAAGGCAGUGAUAAAGGAGACACUGAGGUUUUAUGCACCGGCACCAUUGAUACCAAGAGAAACUAAUAAACGUUUUGUUAUAGAUGGAUAUGAAAUACAACCCAAGACAAUAGUGUAUGUUAAUGGUUGGGCCAUUCAAAGGGACCCUGAGGCUUGGAAAGACCCAGAAAAGUUUUAUCCAGAAAGAUUCUUAGACAAUGAUAUAGAUUUUAAGGGACAAGAUUUUGAGCUAAUUCCAUUCGGUGCAGGGCGUAGAAUUUGCCCAGGUAUAUCACUGGGAAUUGCCACAGUGGAGCUCAUAACUGCAAACCUUCUCAAUUCAUUCGAUUGGGAAAUUCCUGCAGGGAUGAAACCAGAACACAUAGACACUCAAGGGCUGCCAGGACUUGCACGACACAAGAAGAAUCAUCUUUGCCUUCUUGCCAAGAACCAUAAGUGAAUAUCAUCAGGGCUUGUAUUAGUGUAGCAAUAAUGUAAUUUUAGUCUGCCUUCUGAUUAUCAUUUGGUAAAGUGUAGCUUUAGGAGUUUCAGAAAUCAAGAUAUCCUGUUAUAUUUA